CCGGUCCCGCCCUUCCUCUUCCGCCGCCGCUCCGAGCUGAGCUCCAAAGAUGGUGCGCUACUCGCUGGAUCCGGAGAACCCCACUAAGUCAUGCAAGUCCAGGGGCUCCAACCUGCGUGUGCACUUCAAGAACACUCGUGAGACUGCCCAGGCCAUCAAGGGCAUGCACAUCCGCAAGGCCACCAAGUACCUGAAGGAUGUGACCCUGAAGAAGCAGUGUGUUCCCUUCCGUCGUUACAACGGAGGAGUUGGUCGAUGUGCCCAGGCCAAGCAGUGGGGCUGGACACAGGGACGCUGGCCCAAGAAGAGCGCGGAGUUCCUGCUGCACAUGCUCAAAAACGCAGAGAGCAAUGCCGAACUCAAGGGUCUCGAUGUGGAUUCUCUGGUGAUUGAGCACAUCCAGGUGAACAAGGCUCCCAAAAUGCGCCGGCGCACCUACAGAGCUCAUGGGAGAAUCAACCCCUACAUGAGCUCCCCCUGCCACAUUGAGAUGAUCCUCACCGAGAAGGAGCAAAUUGUUCCCAAGCCAGAGGAAGAAGUUGCUCAAAAGAAAAAGAUAUCCCAGAAGAAGCUGAAGAAGCAAAAGCUGAUGGCUCGGGAGUAAAUCUGACACAAAUGAUGUACAUAAAUAAAGUUAAAAAAAAAUAA